ACCGGCGCUGCGAAUGGGACUUCCGGGAGGUCCAGGAAGCCGCUUCUCCUGUCAGUAGGCGGGGUGCUCCUUGCAGCCGUGAAGUCUGCGAGUGUAGAUCAGAAACCUGCUCACGGGCAGAGUGGAGCAGAGAGGGCCGGGUCGGGACACAGUGGCUGAGACAAAGGUCCCCCGAGGCUGCCGCUGUCGGGCUGGGAGGUGGCCAUUCAUUCCUCUAGCGCAGCUGAAGAGUGAGGGCCCCUUCCGGGGAUCUUUCGAAGUCUGUGCCCAGGCCUGAAGGAGAGCCACGAGCCUUCGCGGAUCGGAGGGCGGCCGUCUUCUCCCACCCCGCGGCUCCGGUGACCGCUGCCAUGGCUUUUCCCCAUCGGCCGGACGCCCCAGAGCUGCCAGACUUCUCCUUGCUCAAGAGGCUGGCCCGAGACCAGCUCAUCUAUCUGCUGGAGCAGCUUCCAGGAAAAAAGGACUUGUUCAUUGAGGCAGAUCUCAUGAGCCCUUUGGAUCGAAUCGCCAAUGUCUCCAUACUAAAGCAACAUGAAGUAGACAAGCUGUACAAGAUGGAGAACAAGCCAGCCCUCAGCUCCAGUGAACAACUGUGCUUCUUGGUCAGACCCCGCAUCAAGAACAUGCGGUACAUUGCCAAUCUUGUCAAUGCUGACAAGCUGGCCGGCCGAACUCGAAAAUACAAAGUGAUCUUCAGCCCUCAGAAGUUUUACGCCUGUGAGAUGGUGCUUGAGGAAGAGGGGAUCUAUGGAGAUGUGAGCUGUGACGAGUGGGCCUUCUCCUUGCUGCCUCUCGAUGUGGAUCUGCUGAGCAUGGAACUACCAGAAUUCUUCAGGGACUACUUCCUGGAAGGAGAUCAGCGUUGGAUCAACACUGUGGCACAGACCUUGCAGCUCCUCAGCACUCUCUACGGGCCCUUUCCUCACUGCUACGGGAUCGGCAGAUGUGCCAAGAUGUCCCAUGAAUUGUGGAGGAAACUGGAGGAGGAGGAGGAUGGCGAAACCAAGGGCCGAAGGCCAGAAAUUGGACAUGUCUUUCUCCUGGACAGAGACGUGGACUUUGUGACGGCACUUUGCUCCCAGGUGGUUUAUGAGGGCCUGGUGGACGACACCUUCCGCAUCAAGUGUGGGAGUGUUGAUUUUGGCCCGGAAGUCACAUCCUCUGACAGAAGCCUGAAGGUGCUGCUCAAUGCCGAGGACAAGGUGUUUAAUGAGAUUCGUAACGAGCACUUCUCCAAUGUCUUUGGCUUCUUGAGCCAGAAGGCCCGGAACUUGCAGGCCCAGUAUGACCGCCGGAGAGGCAUGGACAUCAAGCAGAUGAAGAACUUCGUUUCCCAGGAGCUCAAGGGACUGAAACAGGAGCACCGCCUGCUGAGUCUGCAUAUUGGGGCCUGUGAAUCCAUCAUGAAGAAGAAAACCAAGCAGGACUUCCAGGAGCUCAUCAAGACCGAGCACGCGCUGCUGGAGGGCUUCAGCAUCCGGGAGAGCACCAGCUACAUUGAGGAGCACAUCGACCGACAGGUGUCACCUAUAGAAAGCCUUCGCCUCAUGUGUCUUUUGUCCAUCACCGAGAAUGGUCUGAUCCCCAAGGAUUACCGAUCCCUGAAAACACAGUAUCUACAGAGCUAUGGCCCUGAGCACCUGCUGACCUUCUCCAACCUGCGGCGAGCAGGGCUCCUAACAGAGCAGGCCCCUGGGGAAACCCUCACAGCUAUGGAGAGUAAAGUGAGCAAGCUGGUGACGGACAAGGCUGCAGAAAAGAUCACUGAUGCCUUCAGCUCUCUGGCCAAGAGGAGCAAUUUUCGUGCCAUCAGCAAGAAGCUGAAUUUGAUCCCACGUGUGGAUGGCGAGUACGACCUGAAGGUGCCACGGGACAUGGCGUAUGUCUUCAGCGGUGCUUAUGUGCCCCUCAGCUGCCGCAUCAUUGAGCAGGUGCUGGAGCGGCGGAGCUGGCAGGGCCUGGAUGACGUGCUGCGGCUGCUGCACUGCAGCGAACUGGCCUUCACAGGUGUGACCAAGGAAGACAAGGCUUCCAGCGAGUCCCUGCGCCUCCUCCUGUCUGCAGCGAAGGCCUUCACAGGUGCGUGGCCUCGGCGAGUGGGGUGGCGUGACCGGGAGGAGGGCCGGAUGCAGCACGCAGUGCUGGCGCCAGCGGAGAACCGGAGCACUGAGUCCAAUCUGAUCCCCACAGCUUAA